AUGACUGAAAGGCGGAAAAGCGGGUGGUUUUCUUCAGUUGUUGGAAAUUUAUCUGGGUUUUGGUCUCGACCUCCCCUACAGGAUGAACACUCUGUUCAUAAUUCGUUCACAGAAGUUCAGGCCGACAGUGAUUUUGAGGGGUUAGAUCGAUUUGAAGAUGCUGUGUCUAAAUUUUCGCCGGACAAACCGACAACAAGCAGUAAUGAUGUGACUGCAAAACCGCGUUCAACACGAUACCUCAGUCCCACUCUUUUAAUGAAUUCGAUCAAGUCUCCUCAGAAAAAAUCGACGGAUUCUUUUUAUACUUCGGUUUCUGUAAAGUUCUUGCAUCACACGUCAUGCCGCGAAUUAAAUCGUUUUUCUGGCAACUUUCCAAGGAAGAGAAUGUUUUCGAAAGUUAUGGCUGACGAGACGAAGACAUUAAGUAAUGGAAGAUUAGCUAACCAGGAUAUGUCUUUAGAUGCAUCGCUUUUUAGCAAUUCUUCUUUUAAAAGAGCAUGCAACUCAAACCGUUUUUUGAGCGAAACUGCGCCUCAGAUUGACCGAUCUCUUUUGGACAGAUCUGUUAAUCCCUUUAGUUUUACACCUGAAGUUCCGCGUGCCACGUCUCUUUUACAUUCUCGAAUCUCUAAAACGCCAAGUUCAAACUCUUCAACUUUAAGCAGUAAAACACUGGCUAUAUUGCAGCAGUUAGAAAAAAUUAGCACUCCGGCAAAGGAAGUAAAAAAGUUGCCUUUCAUAUGCAGAUCGGAACGGUGGUCUGCCGAUACCAGAACUCCUGUUGCACGGGCUGUUAGUAACUCCGAUAAGGUUUUGUCUCGUGCCCAAGUUAUAUCGGAUAAAAUGUCUGCAUCGCUUCCUAGCAGAACCUUUUGGCGUCGUCCUGAAAGAAGAUUAGGUAUAUCUGGUGCCUUGAAAACGCCAGAUCUUUUAUCCGGUUGUGGAAGUGAAAUAACAUCAGUUUCUAGUGAAACAAUUAAUCAUAGUAACGAAGACGCAAUCUGCAAGGAGGGGCCAAUAGAUUACCACAAAAAACAUCAACCAGUGCUAAAAACCGUUGAUGGAAGACCCUCAAAAAGAGUUUCCAAAAUUUUUUCAGCGAGGGCUAUUGACUUGGAAGUAGAUGCUCGAGAGGGAGAAGGUGACAAGAGGCCAGUGGACGAAUCGUUGUUCUCAGCCAAAGGCCUUAUGGGAAAGACUGAUGCCCCGCAGCCAGGUUUUCUUGGCACGGUUCAGCCUUCUGCUUCUAAAGAUGAAAACGAUACUGGUGAUAGUGGUGCUCUCAAUAAGCAAGAUAAGGUUACUCUUGGAGAUGAGUUGUUUUCAUUUUCGCGCCCCGAAAAAAGAGGGCCUUCGAAACGUGUAACAGUGGAUGAAGUUUCUUCUGACAGUGCUCAGGAAGAUGAAGAAGAAGAAGAUAAGACGUCAGAUGAAGAAACUUCUGAUGUUCAUGUUACGGAGAGCCAGAAAGCUGUCACUAGUAAGAAGGAUUCGAAAGAUUCAGCAGAAAAAUUGACGUGUUCUGAUCUGCCGCAAAAAGAAACGACCGAAGGACAGACUAACGACUUUUCAAAUCCUUCUAAGAUUGGUGCUCCUGUCAAUAAGAGGUCUCUGGAUACUGUGAGUGGGCAGGAUCUUUCUGUUAGGAAAAACGUUGAAGGGGAAAAGGAUGAAGAGCAGAAAAAAGCGGAUGGGUCUAAGAACAAAAAGUGGACGUGCUCAUCGUGUUGGGUACCCAACGAGGAGGAUGCAGUUAAGUGUAUUUGUUGCGGUGCUCUGCACCUAAAACCUUCUAGUGGCACAACGGAAGCGAAGAAUGAGAAAUCAGGCCUGAAGCCUUGGUCGUGUCCUGACUGCUUCGUUCCUAACCAGGAUAAUGUUGCUAAGUGUGUGUGUUGUGGUCAUGAAAGGAAGGCAGCAGCCGCUGAGAAGGUUCCAGAAAGUUCGAAAGACAAUGGUGAAGCAGGUUCAGGAUCAACAAUGUCCCAGAAGUCUGGAUUAAAUGUUUUCGGUGACAAGGCCUUUAAGCCUCUGGCAGCACCAUCUACAAGCCUUUCUUUUGGUUUUGGUGUGAAGUCGGUUGGAACGUCAGCUGCGAAUGAAAGCAGUGUAAAGCCUCUUUCUGCCAGCAAUUCUUCCAUAUCUUUUGGUAUUUCAAACACUCCUGUUUCAAGUUCUUCAAACUCAGGCGCUAAGUUUGGUUUAAACCCGAGUUCUUCUGCUCCAAAUUUUGGUUUACUGUUCGGAAAGUCACAGGAAAGUUUAAAUCCUCUUCCUGGGCUGCCCGAGGGGAAGCCGCUUAAUGUGAAUACCCCUCUCUUUGGGGGUUCAUUGACAAAUAAAGCUUCGGAAGGAGGGUCGCAAGGAGGUGAAAUAAAUCUUAAUUCGAAGCCUGUAUUCACUUUCCAAGCCGCUUCUAAUAGCUCUUCCACAACGUCAAAUACGGAAACAGUUGCUUUCAACGCUCCGAAGGAUUCCUCAAGUGGCACUACUCCUUUCCAGUUUUGGGGUGGUGGUAACAACUCAGCUAAGCCGCCUAACGGCUCAAGUGAUCCGGCACAGCCAAAAGCAAACCCUUCAGGAUCUAAUCUUGUAUUUGCGUUCCCGGCAUCGAGUACAUCUGUUACUCUGACGAAAAGUGUUUCGUCACCAGCUGCGUCUCAACCAGUGAAAGAAAGUGGUGCAGGUUCAGUAGAAAUGGCAUCACCUACAUCAGAUGGCGGAAGUGGGCCUUCCCAAACGCAAACAGCGACUGCGUUCAACUUUUCUGCAGCUCCGCCUUCAUUCAAUUUUCUUUCCAACAGUGUCAGUUCUGCAACUUCAACCUCGGGUUCUCUGUUCGGAUCGGUAGGCAGUAGUAGCAGUGUGACUGCACCGACGUUUGCAUUUGGUAGUACUGUUGUCGAUCCAGCGAAAUCCGUUAACCAAAGUGCUGCAGUAACAUCGCCGCCGCUUACUAAUGUAUUUACUGCUCCGGCCGCGGUUCCUUUACCGCCUUCUACUUUCAACUUUGGUGGCACCGCGUCAAACACGAGUAAUCCUUUUGGAGAGCUCCCUCAGUCAACAUUCAAUUUUAGCGCCCCCACAGAGUCUUUUUUUGCGAUUGAUGAUAUAAUUUGGUCGUUUUGCGUUCUUGAAUUUAGGUUGUUUUCAAAUGUUUUUUCGGUGUCAAGUUUGGUAUUUUCGUUGGCUUUUGCUGCUGUUAUUCGUUUGUUUCUUUAUUGUUCUUGCAAUUUUGCGUUCGGUUACAAUGUUUUUUGUGUUGCAAGUUUUGAUGGUCUUAUGCACGAUUCGUUGAAGUCGACGGGUGAGGGGGUUGCUUUUUUGAUAAACCCCUACCUUUGUAAAACUGCAGCUGUACAUUGCGGUUGGCUGCUUAGUGGUUGGUUUUAUGGGGUUUGUGAGUUCGUUUCCUCAACAGUUGUGUACGUUUUUCUAACCCUUGUUCAAAGGAGUGGUUGGCGUGGUGAACUGAACUCUGGGGGGAAAUUUUUGGAUUUGGUCAAAGAAGACGUUGAAAAACGGAAGUGGAAUGGGUCUCAGUGCGAGUUUUACUGCUAUCAAUGUGCUGUACAGUGA